AUGAAGUAUCAAAAUGUGACUCUCCUCCUCUUCCUCUUGAGUGCGACGGAGAUUUUGGUGAUUCACAGGUGGGAUCGGAGGAAGCUCUUGGAAGUCAAACUCCCCCAACGACGUCAUUACGACAGGGACCACGUCUUGGCCCCGCUUAACACUGUGAACACUCGUUUGUACCUACCACGGAAUAUCUACAUCUUACGGGCAACAGGGAAUCCACCUCAUAUCGACAUGGCCAAGUUGAGCAAGAUCAACAGCUUCACGCUACAGAUACAUACUCAAAUCAACCACUCCACUGUCCCAUACUAUGCCUCUUCGAGGCCUUGCUCUCUCUACUCGUCAAGUCAAAUCCAAUAA